UCUUCCUUUCCCACAUGGUUCCAAGCUAACGUGGAGCUGCUGUGUUUUGGAGGCUGGUCUCCAACUAACCGGACAGAAAACCACAGACGGAUAUUUCGCCACAUGAGAGCUUAAGGUUAGAGAGAAAUGGGUAAAACUAAAACAGCCAAGUUUAAACGGCCGCAGUUCAACUCUGUGGGCCUGCCGGUGAGCGCCGUGAAGGAAGCGGACGGUCCGGAGGAAGAGCUCGAUGAGGACAGCUGUCCUGCUGCUGAGCUGCUGGAAAAAUUGCAGAGUCCCAGUGCAGACAUUCGAGAGUUUGCCUGUGCCAGCAUCUCUCGGGUGGUGCAGCAGAGCCAGACCAUCCCUGGUUUCCUUCAGAGGGACGCUGUCAGACGGCUGGGCCCCAUGCUGCUGGACGGCAGCUUGGCCGUCAGAGAGACAGCUGCUGGGGCGCUCAGAAAUCUGAGUGCAUGUGGAGGUCAGGAGGUGUGCGAGGACAUGGUGAAGCACGAUGUCAUGACGCCGCUGAUGAUGCUGCUUCGAGAGUGUUGUGCUGGUUUUGACACUGCGGCUGUGGAGAUGAAAGAGCAGAGCAAUCCUGUGGAGGAUGUGGCCAAUGAGGCCGUGAACCUGCUGUGGAAUCUGUGCGAGAACAGCGGUCAGGCGGUGUCUUUGUUCAACAAAUCCGGGCUCUUGGAUGUGGUGGUCCAGUGUUUGGAGAGACACCCUCACAACGUGGAGCUGGCCGUAUCUGCUGCUCACUGUUUGCACACUGUGACUGAGGAGAACCCUGAGCUCCUACGGAGCAUGAACCCCGCUGUGCUCGGAGCUCUGGAGAAAGUGCUACUGUCAUCCGAGCCAGACAUGGCGCACACUCUCCUCAGGACUUUAGCUGCAGGUACGCUGUGGAACGUGAAGACCAGCCUGCCCGCCGCCCAGCAAGCUCAGACCCUCAACGCCGUCGUGGCUACCCUGUCACAGUGCCUGGAUUUAGACACGGGCGUGUUGAUCCCUGAACUCAGGCGAGCAGAAGAGGCUCAUUCCAGAAACACGACCCCAGCGACGGACACAGAACCACAGGCGGAGCCUGUCGAGGAGGAGAUGGACAGAGAGGAGGAAGCACCCAUGGAGAAGAAGAACGGCAAAACUCAGAAGGUCGACGGCGACUUCGCUGACCUGCUGCCUAGGGGUAAGGAGGAGCUGAGGGAAGCGACGGCCUUGCUGACAGCCCAGCAGACGUCCUUGGAGAUCAUUGUCAACAUGUGCUGCUCUGACGACCCAUCUGAUGACGAGUGGGAGGAGGAAUCGAGCAGCGACGAAAGCGACAUGGCGGCGGACGGGCUCUGUGACGGAGCGUCACACCUGAUGUCCCCGCUGUGCCUGUCAGCCGAGGUGCAAGGCGCCUUGAUCAACUACAGCAUCCCAGAAAAGGUCCUUAAAAAGACAGCCUUCCCCAGCCAAGAAGCCAUUGAUGUGUGCAGUGAGAGUCCAUCCUGGAGGGGCCUAAAGAAGAGGAUGCAGCGGGUUCAGUCCCGGGCGCUGACCUGCCUCCACAGCAUCCUCUCCACCAUGGAUGCAGAGUCGCUUGGCGGAGAGGCAGCCCUGCAGGGAGCAGCACAUCACCUGUCCUCGCUGGUGUUCGGAGCCGGAGAAAUCCCUAAAGAUGAGGAGUUUCUUGAGGCUGUUAUCAGCGCCAUGCGUUCUCUCCUGCAGAUAAUGGCCUCCAAGAACAUUAGCCAGUGCAUGACCCCCCAGCAGCUGAUGAGCCUGAGCGAGGCAGCCACCUGCUGCGACAUCGUCAGCGUAAGGGUUAACGCCGUCGCCAUUCUGGGCAUCACUGGAAGCACGUUAGCCAAAGAAAAGGGCACGGCGCAAACCCUGCAGAUGAUCGGAAACGCCUUGCUUCAGGUCGCUACGAAAGAUUCCAACCUGGUUGUGAACGGAGAAGCUCUGGACGCUUUGUUUGACGUGUUUGCCGAUGGCGAGGAGGCAGAAACAGCGGCUAAAACCAUCAGCCUAUUGCCUGCACUUAAGGCACUUCAGCCAGUCUUCAAGGCUAAGAUCCGUAAAGAAGGACGGGGUAGUUACAGCCCUGAGCAGCUGUGCGUGUUGGACAACAUCAAAAUCAACCUAAGGAGAUUUAUCGGUUAUCUGGAGAAGCUGGUGAAGAAAUAAGGACUUUGGGUUCUUCAUACUGUGAGUCGUGGAGACGGUAUGAGAAGGAUUGGAUGUGAAAAUAUCAGUUAUUUAUCUAUUUUUUUUUUUUUUUAUUAAUUAUCUUUUUUUCUCCAUUUUUCUUUGCUUGGUAAAAGUUUUAAUAUUUGUCCAAAAGAAGAGGUGAUGACAUAUCAGCUAGUGUG